GGCCGAUUUAAUUACUGUACCGAUGAAUCAAAAUUGUUUGAAUCCGAGUGCGCUGGUGAAUAUUUUUUAUUCACGUUAAACAACGCACCGCCGACUGUCAAAAAGAGGAGUUGGGAGAAACAUCCCUUUCAUUACGACAACGUUGUCAUCGCUAUACUCACUCUAUUCACUGUACAGACCGGCGAGGGCUGGCCUCAAGUGCUCCAAAACUCGAUGGACUCAGUAUUUGAAGAUCACGGCCCACUGCCGCGCUUCCGGAUCGAGAUGUCCUUAUUUUACGUCAUAUUCUUCAUAGUGUUUCCCUUCUUCUUCGUCAAUAUCUUCGUUGCCUUAAUUAUUAUCACAUUUCAAGAACAGGGAGAGAAGGAGCUCGAGGAGGGCGAGCUCGACAAGAACCAGAAGUCUUGUAUUGACUUCGCCAUACAGGCGCGACCACUGCAGAGGUAUAUGCCUAAGGAUAAGGAUUCACUCAAAUAUAAGAUAUGGAGGGUUGUCGUGUCCACUGCUUUCGAGUACUUCAUUAUGGUUUUGAUUGUUCUCAACACUAUUCUACUGAUGAUGAAAUACUAUCAACAGACCGAUGAGUACAAAAUGACUCUGCAGUACACAAAUGCAACCUUUACCGCACUCUUUACCCUUGAAUGUAUGCUCAAGAUUACUGCGUUCGGAUGUCGGAAUUUUUUCAAAGACUCGUGGAAUACGUUUGACUUCAUAACAGUUGUCGGCUCUGUUAUCGACGCCCUGGUCAUGGAGAUCACAGUCAGCAAUAAGGAAUUCAAUUUCAUAAGCGUUGGCUUUUUGCGUUUGUUUAGAGCGGCCAGACUUAUAAAGCUAUUAAGACAGGGAUAUACUAUACGUAUACUUCUCUGGACUUUUAUCCAAUCAUUUAAAGCACUGCCUUAUGUAUGUUUGCUGAUCGCUAUGUUAUUCUUUAUUUAUGCAAUUAUCGGAAUGCAGGUAUUUGGGAAUAUGGAGUUCCAAGACGACUCCGAGAUCAAUCGACACACCAAUUUCCGUACUUUCACGGACUCAUUAAUAUUGCUAUUCCGGUGCGCGACAGGCGAGGCCUGGCAGUCGAUUAUGUUGUCCUGUGUUUCGGGCAAACCAUGCGAUACUAAGACCAAUAAGACAGAAGAUGAAAUGUUUUCGUGUGGUUCAGACCUUGCUUAUUCAUAUUUUGUCACUUUCAUAUUCUUUUGCUCAUUUCUCAUGUUGAAUCUAUUCGUGGCUGUUAUUAUGGAUAACUUUGAUUACCUAACCCGUGAUUCUUCUAUACUGGGAGCC